UUUGAUUGCACGUGGUAUAGUCGGUCGUUGUUUUAUCGAGCCACGCAGCGGGGUUCGAACUUAUUCUGUGCGACAUGGUUUGUUUCCAGUCUCUUGUUUAACGUACUGUGUGUAGACGCGUAAAAGGAGGAAUCACGGUCGUUCGAAGAAAGGUCGUGGCCAUGUUCGAUUCAUCAGGUGUAGCAACUGUGGGCGUGCUUGCCCGAAGGACAAAGCAGUUUGGAAGAUGGUGACGAGGAACAUGGUCGAGGUUGCUGCCGUGAAGGAUUUGGAGGACGCCUCUGUUUACAAUGAAAAACCGUACGCCGUCCCCAAGCUGUAUGUGAAGCUUCAGUAUUGCAUCAGUUGUGCAAUCCAUGGUAAAGUCCUACGAAACAGAAGCCGGGCUGAUCGUCGUAUCCGAAAGUCCCUGAUGAAACCCGCUCAACGCCAGGAAGUUCAACGUCCUAUUGCACAGCGUGCUUGACUCGUGAUUUGAAAAUAAAUUCCUAGGUGAACUCGCA